UGUCAAAUGUCAAAGUAGGAUUUUGAUCUGAAUAUUGCGAAUUGGUUUGUUAUUAUUUCCUUUUGCAGAUUGUGCCCUAAAUAUUCAGUGUUAUUGAAUUUAUUCUUAGUGUUUGUUUAUAAUACGACAACACUUUAGUUAAGUGCCUUUCUGAACGCCUCUUUCUGUAUCAACAAACGGUUGGUAACCUUAAAAAAAUUAAGUGAACAAUGCCGACUUCGACAAUGUAUUUGUAAUCAUGGAUUCUUCUAAAGAUUCUGCGUCCAUGAGGAAUUCUGUAAAGCUAGAUGGCGAAGGAGAAAAUAGUAAAAAUUAUAACGACUCUCCUAAUCCAACAGGGCCAAGAGACUCUCCUGAAAACUUAUUUACAUCGACCUCCAAUCCAAGCUCGAGCUUUGUUCCCUCGAACGGACCUCAGUCGAAUCAUGUAAAUUCAUCAUCCAACAAUGAAUCAGCCUGCGAAGCUAGUAAGUUUAGUGAAAAUAUUCCCGGAACUAGUAAAGCCCUAAGUACUUCUACUCAACCACAAUUUUGUAAUAAUAAAGUAACAAAUUCUACAAUUGACGCACCGGACCCUGCGGUUGCUGGCAACAGUAGGUCCAUUCCAACCCUGUAUGACAAUGGCACGGAUAGCAGCCAGGACAAACAAACUUGUCAGAAACAUAAGGUGUGCUUAGACAAGGCAGGCAGCAGUAGUCUGCCAUCAACAAGUGGGACUAGUAAAACUAGUGAGAAUGCAGAGUGCAGCCCUUUCAGAGAGAACAGGAAGAGACCCUCGAGUCUGAAGCUUAACCGGCCUAACCUAGAUGAUGACAGCUCCAGUGAUACUGGCAAUGAUGAUUAUUCUUUGGGAUCAGAAGAUGGGUGCAUCUACACAUACAGGGGUGGAGAACAUUUGGCUGACUUACCAAGUUCAUUCUUUAGCCUAGACAUGGGCUUGCCUUUAGACAAACAUCUAGCUAUGCCUAAUUUCCCCGGGCCCCCGCAGGCCGCAGCUGCUGGUAGAGAACAGGGUUCACGAGCUUCUAGCCCUGACAUGGAUUUUUUGGAAAUGGAUUUUGAUCCUGGACCCUCAUGUGAAGUGGAUACUGGUGAUGAAUCAUCCCCUGAUGCUGAUUUGGAAUCUGCUAGCAACAUGCCAGAGGAGAAUGAGCCUGUGUUGGUGAGAGGAACGUCUCCAGAGUAUAUUCCUCCUGUUAGGUAUAAUCCUGUGAGUGUGCCACCGCCACUACCAUCGGGGUCUCAUGGGGAUGCAGACCUAUAUUCAUACAGUGUGCCAUCAACAAGUCGAGGAGUUGGGGGUCAAGGGGAUGCUCCUGAGAGCAGUAGCAGCCAUAAUUAUGUGGAUCAGAACUACAGCUAUGGACCAUACAUCACCCAUGUUAACUCCAGGGGAGAACAGCUGAUAGUUAGGAGAACAAUGGCACAUGGACCUAUUAACUUUGCAGGCAGCCUUCAUUUUACAAGUGGAGACUUGGUGUCACCCUCAGAGCUACUAUGUUAUGAUGAUGAACAUGUGGAAGCAUUUGCUCACCAAAUCAACCAGUCCACACUUGAUACUGCAACCCUGUCAUCAGCCCUGUACCAUGUUACAAUGGCUAAGAAACUGAUCGCUGAGAAGGCUCGGUGUGAUGCUGAGAACCAGGCUACUGCUAAGGCGAGUGAAGCAGCGGCCAGCACUAGUACGAGUGCAGCGUGCGUGGAGCCGCCGCGGUGUAUGAUCUGGUCGGAGUGCGAGGCCUGCGAGCGACAGGUCACGCAGAUUAGCACCUCGGCCUGCGGAGCCACUGCUGUCGUCAAUGUUUUUAAUGCGUUGGGUGUUCCCGUGAAUUUAGAGAAGAUAAGUUCAUCCGUCUGCACCAGACAGCGAGCUAACACUGCUCCGUUACCAAGAUACUUGCUCUCCCGCGCCGUGGCUGGUUGUACUGCAGCGGACCUGGUCUCCGGCAUCCACAGAGCUUCAGAUGGUCUGGUCACUGCCAGGUUCUUCCCAACAUACCCUGAGAGAGCCAUCUCACUGUCGCACUGGCUGGCUGAUUGGAUUACUGUUGGUGCAGUACCAAUUUUAACCCUGAACUUGCAAGCCGGCUACGAAAACGACAUCCCAGAUGCAUGGCACCAUCAGAUGGUCUUCGGAGUGUCUCCACGAGGAGUGUACCUAUGUAACCCAGUAGAAUGCAUCCGUGAAGCCACCCUGUGGCAGCAUCUGACGUCACCAUCAGUGCUGCUGGUCAAAACUAGGGAUGUCCUGUCAAGAUUCACUGCGGAUACUGAUCUCUCACCGUUGAUGGUCGUUCCUGAUCGACGGUUCCAUACUUUUAAUGUGCUUGGUCAAGUAAUAAACGUGAUCCGCGAAUGGCGUGCCAUUGGCUGGGGAGACUACGGUACGCGGACGCGCCACAUCCGCAUCCCGGCGUCGUACCAGGCCGGCGUCACCGUGGCGGCGCUCACCGGCUCCGAGGCCCACCGCCGCCUCACCGUGGCGCCCCAACUGCCCAUACUCACGCAAACUGAGCCCUGAGCACGGUGUAUGUACUACGUUUUAUAUAACUUUUAAAUUAUAUGUGCAGUCAGCCUAGCUAUUUAGUAUGCAGUUACGAAAAUGUAGAUUAAGUUUGGUACAGAGACUGUUAUCACAUAUCAACAGCCUAUAAGUGUCCAGAUACAGCUACGCGUACAAGAAAUUGUAUGCAAAUGAAGCCAUAUUUUGUAAUGUUCGGCUCAACUCCCAACCAAUUGUUACUGUAAAACUACUGAAACCACUAUAACAAUUUUCCCAAUAUCUAUUCUAUUAGAACUCGAAUUCUAUAUUCACUAUUUUUUACUGUUGUACUCUCUGUACUCAAUCAAUUAUUAUUUUCUUUACGGUAUACUAAAUAACUAGGCUAGUUGUACUUCAAUGUUAGGGACGGGUAAGCGGCUGAGUAUAUUGCCGCGCAAUUUAAGGCUGAGAAUUGAUUACGUGUUAUUGGGUCGAGUUCACUGAUAGUUUUGUCUUUAUCACACUGUCUGUCUAACUAUAAGUUAAAAAGAGACGGCAAUGUAUUCUAAGUAAUGUAUAUUUGGUUUCGUUUAAUUGAUGUUGCCGUCCUUAUCUGAUUGGUUUGGUUUUACGAUGGUGUCAGAGGGAUAAAACAUCGAAUACUCGACCUAUGUUCACUUGAGGAGUAAGGUUGUUGUUCCGAAGCGUCGGAUGUAUUUAGUGUUUCACAACACUGGGUGGUUUAAAGUGCACUCAAUUUUAGGUGGUAUAAGAGUGAUUGUGUGUUCUGAAAAUUGGUGAUAGGUAGCCCAAAUGGGGAUUCGCGCGACGAUUUAUUCAGCUAUUUGUAUUAUAAGUUUGCGUUCUAUAUCGGCAAAUAUGUAGUGAUAUGAUAUGUUUAUAUUGACUGAAUUGGUAGCACUACCCUAAAAGACGUUGAAUUUUCUCCCAAUCAUCUCAUGGUUGGCGAUAGAAAAUGUUAUUCCACUCGCGACUGAUGUCUCUGUUUGGUAUUGAAAAUGCCAAUUUGUGCACGCCAAAUAGAUGUAGAUAUUCUAUUAUGAACGUAGUGAAUAGUAUUAAUAAGGUAUAUUAUUGAACAACGGUUGAGAUGUUGGUAUGAGAGAAUGAAUUGGCGCUAAAAUUUAAAAUAGAGAGAAAUAAUGGCCGUGGCUGAAUAAUCGACCUUAGGUUUUGUUAAUUUAACUCUGUAUUCGUGUACAAUGCAUAAUCGCAUCAAUGUAUUCAUAGAAAGUUGGAGAACUUUACUAUAAACAAUGUUCUAUUGGGAACAUAGCUAUUGUAGUUGAUUAUUUUAAAAAUGAAAUGCAGCAAGCAUACACAUUUCUGCGUAUAUCGUAACACUUACCUUGUAUUCAUAAAAAAACUGAAACUGUUUUAACUGUAGAAUACUUUACUCUUUUGUUUUACAUUGUAAAAAAAUAUUUAUUCACCACUAUUUAAUUAUUCGUAAAACCGUUUUCCAAAAUGAUUAGUAAACUUUUCAGUACGCUUAGUACGACUUUGCUCGUUCGGCGAUCUUAUUGGUUGCUUUAUUCGAGCCGGCCAAUCAGAGCGCGCUGUCGUUUCGAUUACUUUAAACGUAAAGCAAACUCAUGCUAAGUGUACAGUUUUCUACAUGAAAGAAAGUUACAAGGUUCUACAGUUAAAAUAGGUUUAUAAUGAAUAAAACUUAGUUAAAGAGGACCACCGAAUUAACGAUAUAACUAACUAUAAUAAUAUGUAUUAGAAUUAAUUUGAUCUGAUCACAAUUGAUAUCAACGUAAGGUAUUAAUAACUAUUAGCAAUCACAUUGAUAAGAGCUUUCUCAACUAAACUAUAGUCUAAUCACAUUUACAAGUUACAUUCACCUAUUUUGAUAUAAGUACGUAAUUAUUAUUAUCAUUUCAAAUUUAUAAUUUGCUUGUUUAUCAUUAUUUCUCAAUAUAAAUGUUGAUUUUGACCUUAAUCCUUAAUUUACGUUGACUUGCACUGCAGGCGGCACUAAUCAUAACGCAUUAUUAAAAACCAAUACUUAGGAAGUUAGAAACGUGAUAAAUGUUUAAAAGAACACAUUUUAAAUGCUACUUUAAUCUAUAGAGCAUAAGGUUUAUGUUUAAAUAAUAAAUCAUCUUGUCAACCACACAUUUUAAGAUAAGUAGAGGGAGCCACUUGAGUUUAUUGCGACACUAUUUGUAGGAGCUCUUAGCCGCGGUGCGUGAGUACCGGGAACGCCGAUGUCUGUGUACACCAAGCAGCUUUAUUGAACUGAACUAAAUGUAACAUGUAAACGAAACUUAUAAUUACGUAUGACAAUGUGAUCGCGGAUCUUUUUCUUCUCCUCUAAUAACAUCUUCUGAUUUGUUUCGUUGCGGGAUCCAAGACAGUCAUUCAUUUCCCUGGGACGCGCCGGACUUCAGUGAUCCGGUGUUUUCAUGUUAUCUACUGUAGAUACUGGCUUACAGGAGUUGCAACGGUAUGGGGGGUUGUGGCGGGCUUGUCCCAUAAAAACAAUGUGAUCGCGGACGUCAGCAUGAAAUUGUCGAGCGUGCUCGCAAACACUAUUUAUACUGUACCUGUUUGUUUAUUCAUACAUAUAGCCAUCCAUAUUGUAUUAUUACUUGUUCCAUUGAGGUACGCGUCCACAGGUCCGCAUCGUACGCAUCGCACGCACUGCACGCAUUCCGUAUGACGUCAUCAGCAAUACCUACGUAUACGUACGAUGCGUGCGAUGCGUACGAUGCGGACAUGUGAACGCUUACCUUUAUUAAACCUAUAUCUACGAAUAUGCACAAAAUAACGUAUUAUGUUAUGAUUAUUAAUUAAAUAUUAUUAUUUCUUUAUGUUUAAACUUGAGUAUUUACGUUUAUAGGGCUGCACUUGCGUCGCUCAAACUAUAAUUUGAUAUAUUCAUUGUAUAAUAAUAAUAGUAGUAUAGUUAUCUACUUAGUAAAAAUUUUUCGUAAACUGAUACUGUUUUAUUGGCUAAAUUUUAUUAGCCAAAACAGAUUGUAAAUAGAUUUUGUAAGGAAUAAAUAAUGUUAGUCAAUUGGUGCUUACUAGUCAAAAUUAUAUUAGCACGUACUAUUAGUCUGCUAUUUUAACUCGAAACAUAAUUCUCUAAAUUUUAGAUUCUCUUAUAAAAACUUUGACUAAAUGACUCGUAGUUUCGCUGUGGGAUGGAGAUAUCUCUAUCUCCUUCUCUCUUUUUCUCUUUACACUAGUAAUGUACUGGUAAUUUCAAAAAUAACUUUGGUGUUUAUUUAAAAAUGUCAUAAUUGAAAGCUUUAAACCUCUUCUGAGAAAGGUCUGUCUUCUCUGAGAUAGAAAACAUAAGAACAAUAUCUUUCAUAUCACCAAUUUAAAACAUCUUCCUUAUACAAUACAGGUAAUUUUUCUGUGGCAGUUACAAAGAUUUGUGUUUCAAAUUAAAAUAUCAGACGCGUUGUAGUAAUUUCAAACACAAGUAUACCGAUGUUUGUAAACGUGGAUGCACAUGAUGCUAACGCUUAAAUCUGUACUCUAUUUACGUUAACGAGAACUGUUACGAGGUUUAUUCAAUGUUCUAGAACAUUCUAGCCGAAGAUUACCGAAUGCUUCCGAUUUUUUCCGAAUGUAUUCCUUUGCUGUACAAGUACAGUACUGGGCAACUAUUGAGACACUAUUUAUUUGAGUCUGUUCAACCGGCAAUGUAUUUAAAUCGUGUUGCUUAAACAUACUACUGAAAGAAGCAAAUUCAAAGAGGAGAUGCCAUAAUGUGAUUGUGCAGUGACAAACAAAUAGACCCUGCCUAAUGAUAUUAGUGUAGUAAAAAAUGUAGAUAGGUUAUAAGAGCUCAGAAAGUGGCAACUUGUUUGUAGUAUAGGACUGCAUGUUGGAAAAUAGAGAAGGGUGCGGUUUGUAACGUCUCGCGCUCCCUGUAAAGUUUCAUGCAAUGUUAAAGGGUGUCCAGUGAUGACAUCUUCUCUUUGUAUUCGCUUCAUGAUGAGACCCUAGGCUAAUUCACAGAAGCCUAAACUAAACAAAUUAAAUGCAGCAGCAUGUUAUUAAUUCAUACUUUCAUAAGUAUUUUUUGUUAAGUGUUCACAGUGUAGUAUAUGAGUUGAACAACAAUAACUAUUAUACAGAUGAAAUUACAAUUUCUCAAAACAAUUCUAAUAUAUUAUGUUUCUUUUUCGACUUGUCUCUGGCUCUAGUCUAGAAGCUUCUGAAUGGUUGUCACGUCAUCGUCGGUCUUGUGUGUUUCCCGCCAUAUUUCCAGGCGCCAUUUUUGUUUUUAACAUUUAUAUAUUAUAACCUCGUAACAAGCGUCUCAAAAUAUUGUGUAUUAUAUUUUGCAAAGUGUUUAAGUUAAGUUUUGCAUUUUACGUUAGUUUAGUACUACUGCUGUUUACUAGGGGUCAGUGACACUACCCCUUAUACUCGAUUAUAUAAAGCAAUGUCAUGUAUAACAUUAUAUUUUUGGAAUAUACUAUGAUAGUACCCA